AUGGUUGGCUUGGAACAGCAACACAUCCACGUCAUGGCAGACGACACCGACAGCCCCGCCGGGCCGUCAACGAUCUCGGCGCCGACUGCUGGGCCGAGCACGUCCCCGCGCUCCAAACGUGCCGUAUCGCCCGUUGCGGAAGAAGCGCACGCCUCGUCCAGCGACACACGACCUCGGCGCUCAUGCACGCCGGAACGCGCACCAUCUCGCGACUCUGAUCCGCCUGCAGCGAAACGAGCUCGCCCAUCCGAUGGCGAGGAUCGCAAACGCGACCGGCGCAUGUUUGGACUGCUCACCUCGACGCUGACGCAAUUCAAGCGGGAGUCGCAAUCCACGCGCGCGGCGACACUCGCCUCGAACCGCGCCUCGAUCGACGCACGUCUGGCCAGCAAGCUUCAACAUACGUCGGCAGUAGCGGACGAGCUGGAGCGGAAAAAGACGCUGCUAUGGCAAGCUCGAGAGCUGGCCGAACGCAUCGCAGAACAAGAUGCACAGCGCGCAACGCUGCGCAAGAUGAAACGAAGACAAGCGAGUUUCCUCUUCACCUCCAUCCCAAACCCAAGCCGCGCUGAUAAGGCAAGACUCGCAGCGAACAUCCCAACGUCUCAACCUCCGGGCGAGAGAGAUUGGCCAGUCUACUUUCUGCCUGGGAAGACUUUGCCCGAUCAGGAAGAUGCCCUGAAUGCUCAGGAGGAUGGUGUGGAUGACCAGAUCGAAGAGCAGGACGAUGCGUGGGUGGUGAAACGACACACCCUCCUCACCCGCCUCAAUGACCUCAAAUCCCAACUACGCAGCAUGUAG